AUGGCGGAAGAAGUGGUUCGUGGCCGUCGCAAGGACGCUUCGUCGAAACGAGAAAAGGGGCGCUCCCGAUCGAGGUCCAAGAGCCGGUCCAGACGAGGAGGAUCUAAAUCCAGGUCAAGAUCCAGAUCCCGAAGAGACUUUCGCAAAAAUAGUCGAAAGCGGCAAUCCGCCGACGAAGAAAUUGUGGAGGAAGGACAAGAGAUCAUGCUCAUUGAAGAGCUGCAACAACAACAAAAAGCAUCCAGUGGCGGUGGCACUGGCGGUGACAAUAACAACAACAACAAGGCAAGGCAAACCAAUAAUAAUAAUGAACAAGACGAUCAACAUAGCAAGCGGUCCUCGAGAAGCAGCAACAAUCAGAAACCCGGGCGAAGAGUGCAACAAGUCUUGUUGGUACCGACUAAUGGAGAUCUUCUCAUGGAACGGUAUCGACAAGCUGCACACCGCUCGCUCAAGGCACGGGCGUUGCUCGAUCACGCCUUGGACUGGGAUGUCACUGUGGUCAAUCGAGAUCGCUUGACCAUGGACGCCUUUACGGAAGCAGGAAAGGCACGUCUCUUGAUUGAACAAGAAAAGACUCCGGAACUUCUUGCCAUGCUCACGGACGCCAAAGUCAAGGGAGAAGAAGAAGCUUUCAGGGCUGCCGACGCAAAAUUGACGCAGCUUGUUCCUUCUGUCAAACUUCCUGCCAAUGCUGCCAGCACAGCUUCGGCUUCGGCCCUGACCAAUAGCACUGGCGAUAUGCACCAUUCCGUCAUUAACGAGAGUAUCGCCGCCUUGAUUGAAACUCCUACCAUGACCAACAAUACGGUCGCGUUGACCGGGGAUCCAGCCAUGCAGUGCUUUCACAAUAUUCUUUUACAGAACGAUACCAACUAUAGCACUGGGGACGACUAUGACGAAGGAGACCCAUCCGAUGAACACGUAUUCCGGGCCAAGCAAUAUUUAGAGUUCAUUUUGCCCGAUCUCGGAGAAGUGCGGGACGAUUCUUCCAUGGCACCCAAAGCGGUUGCCAAUCCUCGUUCCAUUCUGCAAAACUACCAACUGCAACUGCAGCAAAGCAAAAGUGGGGUUACAUCGUACUACAAUCUGUCGUCGUCGGAUGAGGGAUCUGGUCUGGGUGAAAUCUCGUCCUUGGGAUUUGAUGAGUCUCAUUCCUUUGAUAACAUGUCAUCACGGGACGAGUUCAGUAUGACGUCCCUCAACGAAAUUAUGGAUUCGCCAAUGGAUGAAAUCAUGAACAUGUCCUCCAACAAACGCAAGCAGUUGACCAUCAAUAUGAGUUUUGGAGGCAAGAGCGUGCAACCUGAGGAUGAGCCGACUAGUACUCGUAGUAGGCCGCCAGAGGAAGUAACCACACCUGUUAUUGGUACUACUGCAAACAACAACAACAAUACUAAUAGCAAGCCACUGGAAGCACCACAAACCGGAACGCCAACAGGGGCUCGACCACCUCCCCACCCGACAAAGGAUGCCUCAUCGCCAUCGCCUCCUCCUCCACCACCUCCACCGCCCCCACCGCCACCUCCAGUAUUUCGCAAGCACGAGAAGAAACGGCUAUCCUUAAACUUUGCCAGGAAACGAGCACAUGGCGGUAUUCCGCCUUUAAGUGGUGAAGAAGGUCCCGGCUUCCUCCGUCGUCUCCGGGGGAAGAAAAUGCCUCACCAUCGCGACCAUGAUGAUGCCAGCACCAAUCGUCUUCGCAUCAUUGGUCCCGUGUUGAGCGAUCUCAGUGAUACCAACAGUCAAAAUCACAACAAUGGUCCAGCAAAGACGGACAACGAAACGACAGGUGACAAAGGAGGCAACGAUGACAAAGGCGACGACAAUAACAACAACAACCAGCAACAAGAAGAGCCCAAACAGCAAAGGACACCCCUUGCCGAUGCACCCGGCAAAAUUGCUGCCAAUGAACCACCUCCACCCCCUCCUCCUCCUGCUGCUGCCAAAAAGAAAAAGAAGUCCAUCGAGAAUGUCAUUAGAGCGCAGAACGCAGAAGCAUCACGUGAAACAACACAGCCGAAUCUUGAUGUCAGAGUGCUGCAGUCUCAUUCUAUGGGUUCCUCUGACGAAGGCGACGCCGAUGAUCGCUACACAGUGAUGGACGACGACGACGACGACGAAGAAGCCAUAGAGCCACUUACAGUGUUCACACCAGGCAGCGAUGCCAGCAAUUUUAAUGAGAUGCGAAGUCGAUAUUCUCCGAUCCAUCAGCAUACUAUGGAAGAUGCCAUCAAAGCCAGGGCUUCGUCGGACGCUUUCCAAAUGAGCUUUCAGAAUAGCCCUCACGGCAUUAACAACAGUACUCUUGAUACCAGCGGUAUCAAUGAAUUGGUUACUGUGGGUAGCGAUAUCUUUCAGGGAGUGGCUGCUAUUCCGACGUCUCCGCGAACAGCCAAAACCAGCCCGACAGGCAAAUCAGGCCAAGCCCGGACAGCAGUCGACAUCAAGAUCACAACAUCAUCAAGUCCGCAAGUUGCUGUGGUUCCAAUGCCCCCAGCCAGUCCGGCUGCAAAAUCCAAAUCGGCACGAUUACGUGAAAUCGAAGAUGCAAAGGACACAGGAUCCGUUGCUAGCAACUCUCUUUCAUCCAUAUUGUCCGGGAGCAGCUCAAAAAAGGGCAGAUCGAAGCGAAAAAGCAUUCUGGGCAUCUUCCAAAAGAAGGAAACUGGCGGGGAAACGUCAGACGGUAAGGCUGCUUCAGAUGCCGCGAAGUCGGCCGUGAAGUCGAAAACGAAUGGGAAGACUUCAGAUGAGAAACAAGGAAGCAACAGCGCAGCAAACAAGGCGAGUAACAACAGUGUUGUUCCAAAGAGUCUACACUCGUCUCUACAGGCGUGUUUGAAAAAGACGAGAGAGGAGCAGAAAGCUAAACCUUUUGUUCGGUCUUCACAGGCGUCCUUGAAGAAAUCGAGAGACGAAAACAAAGCGCGUGGUGUAAGAACCCCGUCGCCAAAGAAACGUGCCCCAGGUCCUACUUCUGAACAGGGUCCGGUUUCUUCGCCAUCACCCAACAGCAAGAAACAUCAACAUCGAAGAAAUACACUGCCACCGCAAACCAAGCCUGGCAAGCCGUCGCCACUUCAAUCUGCAUCACACGGCAAAUCUGAUGAGGUGCAAGAGAACAUUGCAGAGAAUGCGAUUCCGGAGGGAAUUCCUAUGAAGAGACAAUCGUCUCUUCAGAUGGCAUUGCAGUUGACACAAGAUACAGUUGAGGUCACUGCCAUGGAGACCGUAAGACCCAACAUGGCUUCCCCGACCAAAGCUAGCCCCAUGAAGCAAACUCAUGCUUCGCCGAGCCCAGCCAACAAAACUACCGGCACUAGUACUCCCAUGAAGUCACCACCAGGAGGAAGCAAAACCAACAAGCCAGCCCAAAACAUGAAAUCACCAGGCAAAGGCAAGGCCAAGGCGGGAAAGAAAAAGCCGAAGCAAGCCGCGCAAACCAAAAAAGAGACCACUCUCGCGAAACAUGGAAACAACAAAGCCUCCGCUGCUGCAAAAUCUCAAGGCAAGACGAAGGCUCGGGGGAAAACGGACCCGGGGAGACGACUUGAGAAGAAAGAGCUACGAAGUCCCAACAAGGAAUCCAAGAAGGUUAAGGGAACAAACCACAAGGCCUCAAUUGGCGCGCAAGCCUCAAGUUGGGUCAACAGCCUUAGCUUCAAUCUCAAGGGCAGAAGGAAAGACCAAGCAAAGAAUCCAGCCGAUUCCAACAAGAGCCCCAAAGCUCCUGUUGCUGUGAAACCUGUUGCGAAAUCUGGCACACCCAAGGCGGUGACACCCAAGGCGGUGACACCCAAGGCGGCACCUGGACCUGGGCCGGCACCUGCUCCUGCACUACCACCAGCACCAAUCAACGAAAACUCGCCUCCGCCUCCUAUGGAAUCCAAAAAAGAUGAUAAGACUUCAGCUCCUGCUGCCCUAGUCUCCGACUUGGGCAAGCUGUUGAGCGUUUCCUCGUCUGCGCAACAAACCAUUUCAGACAUUUCUGCAAUUACUUCUAACCCAUUGCUACCGUACCCACUCGUCAAGCAGCUUGAAGAGCAAGCAAGAAUAGGCACGCAAGAAGGUGUAUCAGUCAAGGAAGCCGCCGAACGAAGCAUCAUUAGAAGCCACACAAAUGCGCUAAGACGAGGCUUGGGGACACCCUUAUCUAGCAAAGAAAACGGAGCAAUACUGUCGCCAAGAAGCCCUCGAUUCUCCAACUUGACUUCCCCAAGCAGCAUCGGUGCACUUCGAUCCCCAAGCGUCGCCCACAUGCAGCGCGCCGCGAGUACACCCGCCAGCCUUCGUCUUCAUUCACCAAGAGCACUUGUCAUGAACAACACUGCCAUUUCAACAAGCCCAUUACAUCAUGGCUACGGCAUGAACACCAUUUCAAGAAGCCCAUCACACCAUGGCUACCGCCCAGACGCAGAUGGCCUGAAUGCACGGGCAAAAGAAGUGCGUGACAUCUUGGGGGGCCUUCCCGAGCCGGUUGACCUUGCCGAUUCAAGGUCGAAUUCGUUUCUCAGCCGUAUUACGCAAAGUACACAUCGUCAAGACCUUGAUCUACCAGACCCAUAG